GGGCGGGGCGGGCCCGUGCGGACUCCAUGCGGGCUCGCGGGGUCGUCAUGGCGGAGCCGCCGCAAGUGCGGGUACAGGAGGCCGUGGACACCAUGGUGAAGAGUCUGGAGAGAGAGAACAUCCGGAAGAUGCAGGGACUCAUGUUCCGGUGCAGCGCCAGCUGUUGUGAGGACAGCCAGGCUUCCAUGCAGCAGGUGCACCAGUGCAUUGAGCGCUGCCAUGCACCUCUGGCACAAGCUCAGGCUCUGGUGACCAACGAGUUGGAGAAGUUCCAGGACCGCCUGGCCCGCUGCACCAUGCAUUGCAACGACAAAGCCAAAGAUUCCAUAGAUGCAGGGAGUAAGGAGCUUCAGGUGAAGCGUCAGCUGGACGGUUGUGUGACCAAGUGUGUUGAUGACCACAUGCACCUCAUCCCGACUAUGACCAAGAAGAUGAAGGAGUCUCUCGUAUCCAUUGGGAAAUAAAAGUCUUUGCCAGUGGCCAUCGGGGCUGAGGGCAAGA